AUGCUGGUGGAUAGGGACCCCCUUGAGCGCGGCUGGAUUCCCCCUCCUCCUCCACUCUGGUUCUGGGCCGCCUGCUCCACUGCCAGGCAAAGCACCCUCUCCUGGGAGGAGGAGGAGGCCGAGGCCACCCUUUUGCACGUAGUUGCCAGGAAGGGACACUAUGACACCGCACAACAUCUCCUCUCCCAGAGGACAGCAGCUGUGAACAGCCAGGAUGCCUGCGGCCGGACGCCACUUUUCUGGGCCACAGAAUACAGACAUGAGAGCCUGGUGGAGCUGCUCCUGUCCCACGGCGCAGACGUGGCUGCCCGGGAUAAUGAAGGGAACCUUUGUCUGCACUGGGCAGCCUACGUGGGCUGUGUCCCCAUUGCCAGAAUGCUGAUGGACGCUGGCUCAGACCUGAACACGUCGAAUGCUCAAGGCGACUCUCCUCUGCACCUCGCAGCCCAGGAGCGGCGCUACGAGUGCCUUGUGCUGUUUCUUGCACACGGUGCCAAUGUCUCUCUGAAGAACAAAGCUGGCCAGGUGCCGCUGCAGUGCUCAAAGCACAGCUCCCCAACCUGGAGGGCCCUGAAGGCCGUCUCUGCCUUGGCACACCACCAGGUAGAAAGGAUUCUCUGCAGGGACAUCUCCCGGGGCUUUGAGCAAGUCCCCAUUCCUUGCCUCAACGGGGUGGACAAUGAGACGUGUCCCAGUGACUUUCUCUACAUCACUCAAAACAUCGUGUCAGAUUCUGUGGUGCUCCCAACAACAGGCUGGGGCAGAAGUCAGCACUGCGUGUGCCCUGGGGCCUGCUCUGCAGCCACCUGUCUGUGCAUCCUGCGCAACCUGCCCUCGUAUGCUACGGACGGCCGACUUCUGCCAGACGCCGCCAGCAGCGCAGCUGAGAUGGGCCCCAUCUAUGAAUGCACCAUGCUCUGCUCCUGCCCCAGCUCCUGCCCCAACCGGGUGGUGCAGAAGGGCCUCAGGACUCAGCUCCAGCUCUACAGAAUGCCAGACAAGGGCUGGGGAGUGCGCACCAUGCAGGAUGUGCCCCGUGGAGCCUUCAUUUGCCAGUACUUUGGGGAGUUGGUCUCCAGCGCAGAGGCUGCACGGCGAGAAGACGACACUUACUAUUUUGUGGUGGACAUGCAGGCCCAGCAAGAAUGUUGCCUCGAUGGGCGCUUCUAUGGCAGUGUUGGGCGCUUCCUGAACCAUUCAUGCCAACCCAACCUGGUAGCCCUGCAGGUGGCCUUGAGCCACGAGAUCCCUAGCAUCGCCUUCUUCAGCAUCCGGGCCAUCCAGGCUGGUGAAGAGCUUGGGUUCGACUACGGAGACCGGUUCUGGGAGGCGAAAGGUUGGCGCUGGCCCUGCCUGUGUCAGUCGCCCAGCUGCAGAUACCCCUCGCCGAGAAGAGGCGUCCCUGCCGCGGGAGACCCUGGCCCGCUCCGAGGCUUCGCGCACAAGUCCAAGAGGGCCAGCCCCCUGAAGAGGUUCACGCGGUCGUGCCAGGCCCGCGAGCCCUCGCGGCCGUAGCCCCACCGCCGCUCGACGGUCCCGCUCGCGCCUCCAGAAUGGCCAUUGUUAGGUUCAUUGUCAUUUUGCAUCAACCCCAAUAAACGGCCUGCGUGUGACCCCUCUCGUUCUCUGGCGUGUGUGCGGCCGGCUGGCGGGAGGGAGGGCCGAGCGCGAGGCGCCGGCGGGCAAUUCAGGAUGCGGCUCGGAGAAGAGACCGGGGAAAGGCGGGGGGGGGCGGCGGCUGGUGCCCGAUCUGUUCCUGUUUGCCGGGAAGGGCUCCUCCCUGCCAGCUCGCGCCUCGCAAGUUUCUGGACACCGGGCGGGUCCCGUUUCCCCGUCAAGCAGCGACUGAAUGAGCACCACACGUGGCCUUUUCUGAACCAGCGGAGGGCGGGCGAUUGCGGCUCGAAGGCACGGAUGGGCAGCAGCCAGCCAGCGGGGCUUUCGGGGCGGGGAGGAGGGAUGACCCGGCCGCUCAGCACAGCGUCCAG